CUCAAGAGCACGGAGCUCGCGAUUCUGCGCUCUGCCUAAAGCGGCGGUGCUGCAUCUCUGUCGCCCUCAACAUCUAGCAUUGGAGCGGGCAGAGAAGCUGGCUGGCUGCUCCUGCCAGCACCGUCAGCAUCAGCAAGCAUCACCAAGCAUCACCAGCAUCGCACAGAGCAAGGACUCAAAUCCGACGUGGAGUGCGCAGCCGCUGAAAUCUCGGCCCGUCCGGCGUCGACUGCGACGCGACUGCGGCAGUCAGCUCGGCGCCAGGACAUAAAAGGCCGGGCCGGACUGCCAGCACUCCUACUCCGGGUUCGCACUCCUGCGGCUGAAGUUCGCUCCGCCUGUCGCGGCGUCUGUGGCUCCUGCACUCUGCUUUCUGCACUCUGCACUCAGUUCGUGGCCACUCGUGGUCGCACUCGCACUGCACUCUGCCACUGUGGCACUUCGGGCGGCACUUGGAUCGAUCGAAGCGCCAUGGCAACGACGCCACUGGCACCUCCAUGGCGACUGCGGCCGAGGCAGUGUGCCAGAGUUGCAGCUCCUGGCUGAGGCCGACCAGUAGUGCCAGCGUCGGCCGCGGCAACGGUUGCAUCCACGUCGGCAUCGGCAUCGAAACCGGAGACGGAGACGGAGACGGAGAAGGCGACGGGUACUGAGACCAGACCAGACCAGCUCCAUCACGGACAGAUAGCAGCGGCCCAGGGCGCCCUGAAGUCAUGAAUUUCAUUGGCGCUGUAGGAGGUGACGGAGGCGACGAUGGCGACGACAAGGAAAAGGCAGAGGAGGAGGAGAGGGAGCGUCAGGAGGCCAUCAAGGAGGCCGAGGACCGGCGCAAGGAGAAGCACCGGAAAAUGGAGGAGGAGCGCGAGAAGAUGAGGCAGGACAUUCGCGAUAAGUACAACAUCAAGAAGAAGGAGGAGAUCGUGGAGGCGGCGCCCCAGGAAGAGCCCAAUCCCCUGAUGAGGAAAAAGAAGACGCCCGAGGAACUCGCCGCCGAAGCGGAGCAGGAAGAGCUCGACGAUUUUACAAAACUGAAAAAUCAAAUAGAAACGCAAGUAAAUGAGCUAAAAACUCAAAUAGAGGGAAAAUGUGUCAUGCAGUGAUAUGUCAGUCAUCAUAAUAUGAAAAUACUUAAAUAUAAUGAAAAACGCAAAUAAUACCGAUAAUAACAUGUAACCCAUAAAAGGAAAUUGAUUUAACUCGACUUGAAAUUGGAUUUAUUAAUAUGAGAUCAGUUAAGUUAUAUUGGAAAGCAUAAACCAAACGAAGUUAGUCCAUUGCAAAGCUAGAGCCUAAAAUAACUUUAACCCGGCGGCCACUAAAGCCAAUUAAACGUUAAAUCCCAAAAUCGAUGACAGCUAUAAUCCGAAACGAAGCAGAUAUGCGAAAUGAAAAUGCGAACAGGACGGUGAACUCCUAAAGAAUUUUAAAGUAGCUAAAACAUAAACCAAAUUAUUUAAAGCCCAACUAUAGUGAAAGCCUUUAAUAAUAUUCAAAUCACUUUGCUUCGAUAAUAAUGUAAUAUACUCAAACCCAAUAUACAAUACAUAAUCGUUGUUUAGUUGAUAACAUACAAUAACAUAACGAUCUAAUGAAUAUAUCGAAUCGGCACGAUGGCGUUCGAACCCAAAUAUAAAAACAUUAACGAAGAAACAAAUAAAUAAUACAAAACCAAAAAAAAUGAAACCAAACCAAAAAAAAAUUAAGCGAAUGGUGCGACAGAGGAGGCUGCCGAAUCAUGUCGAACCGUCGAAGUAUGUUGCUGAAAUCACUUGGACUUGAAAUCCAUCUACUUAUAUUAGUAUGAGUGAAUAAUGAGUACGAAUUAAAUCGGCGAAUAUGUUGAAAUUGUCAUUCAAAUAUAUAUAUACACCCGUUAUGUAUAUAUGUAAAUUUCAUGAAUUUAACCACGAGUAAAUUAUUAUACUUGCAAACGAAUUGACUGCAGAUACGUUGAAACUAUUGCUGAUUCUCCAAAUUGUUUACCAAAAACCAGAAAAGAAAACCAUAAAAAUAAAUAAAAAAGUUUCAGUCAGUUUGUUUUUGAAAGUUCGAGAAAAAACAUCUUUAACAGCUGUUACAUUUUGUUUCUUUCUUAUACAAACAACAUACCCACACUACAAUUGAGAAUUUCAAACUCUUUGAGAUAAAUAUCUCUCUGAUUGAUGCUUCUGAAAUACAUGUACUCUCGGUGUUUUAUAAAUAUCAUCAACAACAACAACAACAACAAGAACAACCAGAACAACAGCACAAGAAAACGCCUACAGCCAGUACAAGAACAACAUCAACAUCAACAACAACAUCAACUACAUCUACUACCGAAGUAUCUAAAUGUGUACUACAUAUAAAAGAUGAACCAUGCUAUCCAAGCAAACAAUAUAAGCUAACAACAGAAUCAAGCCAACAUUCCCUACCAUAUUUCUGAACGUUGUGAACUAAUUUGGAUGUGGGUUACCGUUUAAUCACAGUCAUAUACCUACACACUCACUAGUCACUUGCAUUCAAACAGCUAUAUGGUGUUGUAAAUGUUAAACUUAUGUACAAAUCUAAUAAAUACCAACGAAACAUAUGUGCAACGUGCAUUAGUAGUUGCUUGCAAUGCCACGUUCUGUAUCUACGAUAAAGAGCUAACAUCCAAUUAGGUACAAAAUUCUUUGAAACUCAUGUCAAAUGGUCAGUUCAAGCUUCGCCCUGCAUUACUUCUAUACAAAAUUCUCAAUUUCUUGUUUUGCACAUAUCGGUAAGGCAGCAAUAAACUUAAAAGGCCUAACGCCCCUCUCUGUCAACCUAAUAAAGCAAUCCUCUAGUGCCCCCUCGCUCCAUACAAAGUUAGGAACGAUCAAACUAAUGAACGAAUGCCUUAACGUGGCUCAGAUGACUAGACCAUGAGUAGCGAAUAGAUGAUUAUAAAAAAGGUGAUUCUACCAUAAGGAAAGGUACUUGCAAUCCCUAGCUUUGUUUCCCUUAUCCUUAACGCACUCCUGUUACUGAAUCGGGAUCCAGAUAUCCUAACUAUGAUCUUUUCAAACUUGAAACUAGAAAAUCUAUUAAGUAAUGGCUUUCUAAAUACUUAUAGAAAAUGUUUACCUAGAUUCUACUAUAUAUAUUCUGUUUUUCUCUCAGAUACUUAUAUGAAGUUGAAGGUCACUUAAUUGUUUAAUAUAUUGAAAAAACGAAAACGAAGAAAUACAACACAACUAAUUGAAACAUAUUAUUCAAUCAUAACCAAGUUUUUAACGUUAUCAUAAAUGUUUGAAAUGUUAAAUGGUUCAGCCGAUUUUAUUUAAUUUAUAAUUUGUUAACAUUAUGUUACCGUUAAUAUUACAGUAAUGAAAAUGUAAUUAUAUGUAUAUCAGAAAGUUCACGAAACCACAGAUAAUUAAACAUUAUUAUCUAUAUAUAUAUAUAUAUAUGUAUAUGUGUAACUUAAUAGGGAAAUGAAUUUAAUAGAGAAACAACAGACAAAAAUUAUAAAUAAUAAUGUUGAAAAGAAUACCAUUCAAGUCAUUAUUAGAUGUGAAAGAAGUUCUAUACAAAACAAAGGAAUAAACAAAACAGAAACAAACAAGAACAAAAACAAAACAAAACAAAAACAAAAACAAAAAAAAACAAAAACUUAAGAAAAUCGUUAAUAGUUGAUUAAUUAUAUUGUUACUUUGAACAUUUAAUUAAAACAAACAAAAAAACAAAAGAAGGUAUAAUAAAAAAGUAUAUAUGUAUAAAUAUAUAUGAGAAAACACAACAA